AUGAACGAAUACUUUGAGAAAUACUUCAUUAAAGCUACUGUUAGUGAGCCUAUCAGAGACGUUGACCAAUCUUCUAAGCCAUUCAUUUCUUAUUUGGUUACUACGGAAACUGAUAAUCCUUCAUUGAUAAAGUUGACCACUAAAGUGACCGAAACCCAAAUCAAGGUAUCAGUCAGAAGGCGGUAUGGAGACUUCAGAAAUUUAUACCAUUGCUUGAAUAAUGAUUUCCCCUUCCUUUUGAUUCCUCCAUUGCCUUCAAAGCUGAACUUAAAGUAUUUGACUGGUGACACUUUCAGCCAAGAAUUUGUUCACAAGAGACUCAAUUCGUUGAAUAGGUUUAUCAAGUUCAUCAACGGUCAUAAAAUCCUCUCCCAGCUGUCGGUGUACCAUUUAUUUUUGAGUGAUUCAAAUGAUUGGUUGAGCUUCAGCAAGAAUAUUAAGAUAAGCAAUAUCAGUGAUGUUGAAAAGGAGCAAUCUUUCACCUCUAAUAUGGUGAACAAGGUUGUCAACGAAGAGUUGAUUGCUGAAACCGUGAUGAACUUCCUCACACCUUCUAAGCAUAAGAAAGAGACUAACAAGGAAAUCUUGGAGAUAACAGAUAAGUUAAAAAAGAUGUACGAAAACUUGCUCAAGUUAGAUAAGAUUUUUGCUAGAUUGAGCAAGAAGAAUAGUGAUUUGAGCAUAGACUACCACCUUUUCCUGCAACAAAUCGAAAAGCUUGCAGUGGUGAAUGAAACUUGUAAUACUGAUUUGGUUUCUAUCAAUGAUAACUUCAAGUUCUUUGCUGAAUGUUUAAACCAAUACCUGGAAAAUUGGUCAAAGUCAUUUACGUUUAUAAACGAGUCAUUCUUGACGUCGUUAAAGGACUGUUCAAAAUAUAUUGUUAAUUUGACCAAUUUGAUCGAGCUUCAGCAUAACAAGAAAAUUGAUUUGCAGGUAUUACAAGAGUAUUUGGACAAGGCCAGGAAUGAAUUGAAUUCAUUUCCUGCUACAUCUAGUGGUCAAGGAACACAUCGGUUACCUCCAUCGCCUAUUAAGAACAAGACUGGUGGAAUUGUCAAUAAUACCACUCAACUAAUUCGUGACACUUUGUCAACAUCUGCCAAUGGAAAUAUCAGCUCUUCCAAUACUGAAACUAAAAGAGCUAAAUUAGAAGCCAAAGUCCAUCAAUUGGAACACGAAGUAGAACUUCAAACUAAUCUAGUACAGGAGCUAAUCAAUAAAAUCACCAAUGAAGAAUAUCCCAAUUGGGAUAAGUUCAACAAAACUGAAUUGAAAUCGAGUAUGUUAGAGCUUUGUGACAAUCAAAUAGAUUUCUACAAAGGAUUGGUUGAUAAUUGGAACGAUACUGAAUCCAAACUUAUGAAAAGGAUAAACGAACUAACAUAA